AGAAGGUUAUUUCUGGAGAUAAUAGCUUGGAUGUUGUUAAGGCAAAAUUUCGGUGUGCUGCUUAUCUAUGGCAAGCUUUUACUGCUGAACAAAUGUAUCAUACACUUUCUAACCAAGAAUCAAGUUUACGUCAAACGGCGAAGAUUCACAUAGUUCGUACACAAUAUACAUUAAAAGAAUUAUUGGAUCCAGAACGUGCACAACAAUAUCAUCCACCACCCGGUACACCAUCUACCACAAAGAAAGAUUUCUAUUCCAUUUUUAUGGAUGCUUUAAACGAAUAUGGAGCACCUUUUGACAAGCAAUGUUAUGUAGCUGGAUUAAUACUCGAUUCGCACUGGGAUCCUAAAAUGAAAUUAAUCCGAGGACAUGCUGCUUUAGGUGGUGGCAAUUCGGUCAUUCGUCUUGGGAUUUUUGGUAGUCAUACGACACAUGCCUGGCCAAGAUUUUUAGAAGAAGUUGUGGAUUGUUUUCAAGAUGAGACACAAACUGAUGAAAAUAUUUUGGCAAAUGAUAACGAUGAGUCUGGAUUUAACAAUCUUAAUCGUACUUUUACUGUUAAAGAACCCAAUAACAUUCAGCCAAUAACACCAUCAGAUGAAGG